CCUUUAAACCUAACCUCAAAAAAACUGGCGAUAGUUAAUGAAUUUGCUUUUCAAUUUUCUUUAUAUUAUCGGCUUUUUUAACGAAAAAAACGUAUUAAUAGAGUAGUUUCAGUAAUGGCAUUUAACUUCGCCGCCUUCGCGUACAUCACCGCCCUCAUAGGAGACGCAUUUUUAAUAUUCUUCUCACUUUUCCAUGUCAUUGCCAUAGAUGAGUUGAAAACGGAUUAUAAAAAUCCUAUUGAUCAAUGUAAUAGCUUAAAUCCACUAGUUCUUCCAGAAUAUAUACUACACACAUUGUUCAACCUUCUACUAGUAUUUUCGGGAGAAUGGUUAACUUUCUUCAUAAACCUCCCCCUCAUACUUUACCACAUUAACAGAUAUAGAACAAGACCAGUUAUGUCUACAGUGGGAAUCUAUGAUCCCACAAGCAUUAUGAACUCUGACCAGCUCACACUUUGUCAAAGAGAAGGAUGGAUUAAGCUUGCAUUUUACCUUAUUUCCUUCUUCUACUACUUAUAUGGCAUGAUUUAUACAUUGAUCCAGUAAGGCAAAAUGGGCAAGAUCUUCGAUCAAAGUGGAUAAUAAAUAAGAAAAAUGGGAUUUCGGUUCUAAAAUUUCUUAAUUUUUUUCCAGGUGUAAUUUUCUUUUUAGUGACUAAGAAAUUUUAGAACUGAUCCUUGUUUAAGAUAGAAACUAGUGUAUUUAUUAUGUAUUGUGUUUUUUUAUGGUCAGUUAACUUUAAUCACUUUGAGGUGCUUUCAAUGGUCAUUCUGGUAUGGGAUGUUAAUAUGAGCCUAUUGAAUAUAGUUGUAAUAAAAAAAGCAUGAAUUUUUACCAAAUAAGUUUUUAAAUGAAUGCUUUUUAACAACCAUAUCAUAACACUCUGUAAGGUAUGAAUAUUGCAUAGUUUUUUUUGUAAAUAUAGGAUAAAUAAAUAAAUGAAUGACACUGU